GGGUGCCCAGGAAGGGACUUUAGACAAGCUCUCUGGAAAACAAAAACAGGGCGAAUGCGUGUCGGACACUAACUGUGUGGCAGGCCCUGGGCCUCCCCUUUCCCUAGAGCUCAGGGCACAUGGGUUGCAUCCUUGUCUGCACAGCUGGGUCCCCACUCUCCAGCCUCUCCCUGCCGGCACCGCUCCGUCUUUGGGUGAUUCGGUGACAGAUGCGACAGCAAGUCCCUGGCGGGGCAGCUCCUGCUUGAGACCCGGCCCGGAACCCCCUCCACAUGUCCAAACUUCUACUUGGCAAAAAAUAGGGUCUCCAGUUGGCCCCGGCCGCACUUGGUCUAGGACCUUGCCCCCGUGUGCCGCACGGCGCCGAACGCCGGGUUCUGACGCAAUGGUCAGUGGGGAGGCGGCCGCGGGGGUGUGGGACGAGGCCGGGACAAAAGACUUCGCCGCUCGGCGGCCCUCCAGCGCGGGAUUUGCCAGCCGAGGCCGACCGCCUCAGCCUCCGCCCGCUCAGCGCUCCUCACGGAGGCGGGCCCGCCGCGCCCAGCCUCCAGAGGGGGCGCGCCUGCGCGAGGGAGGCCGGGCCCAGGGCGCAUGCGCACUGCUCCCCGCCGCUGUAUAUUAGGCGGCAGUAUCCGCGGCCUGAGACUGCUCGCCGACAAGGGCAAGCGUUCGUGUGGACACCUCGGCCUGAGUGCCCGCCGCCGCGGCCGCCGCCUCGCAGAGUGCCCCGCGCAGGAGCUAGCACACUCCCUGGACAUGGAGACUGUUGUGCGCCGCUGCCCGUUCUUAUCUCGAGUGCCCCAGGCCUUUCUGCAGAAGGCAGGCAAAUCCCUGUUGUUCUAUGCGCAAAACUGCCCCAAGAUGAUGGAGGCUGGGGCCAAGCCAGCCCCUCGGGCCCUGUCCACUUCUGCGGGGCACUGCCAGCAGAUCAAAGAAACCCCUCCGGCCAGUGAGAAAGACAAAACUGCCCAAGCCGAGGUCCAGCAGGCUCCAGCCAGCUCCCAGCGGCCUGCAGAUGGCACACAGCUUCCGUCUGGACACCCCUCCCCAGCCUCGAGCCAGGGCGCUGGAAGCAAGUGCCCUUUCUUGGCAGCACAGAUGAGCCAGGGGGGCAGCAGUGUCGUCCGCAAAGCCAGCCUGGAGCUUCAGGAGGACGUGCAGGAAAUACAUGCCGUGAGGAAAGAGGCUGCCCAAAGCUCAGUGAACGCGAGUGUGAUUAGCGUGAAGACUGACGGAGAGGACCCCAGUGGACUGCUGAAGAACUUCCAGGAUAUUAUGCGAAAGCAAAGACCGGAAAAAGUGUCUCACCUUCUUCAAGAUAACUUGCCAAAAUCUGUUUCCACUUUUCAGUAUGAUCGUUUCUUUGAGAAGAAAAUUGAUGAGAAAAAGAAUGACCACACCUACCGAGUUUUUAAAACCGUGAACCGGAGGGCACACAUCUUCCCCAUGGCAGAUGACUAUUCGGACUCUCUCAUCACCAAAAAGCAGGUGUCGGUCUGGUGCAGUAACGACUACCUAGGCAUGAGUCGGCACCCACGGGUGUGUGCGGCAGUUAUGGACACUUUAAAACAACACGGUGCUGGGGCAGGUGGCACGAGGAAUAUUUCUGGAACUAGUAAAUUCCACGUUGAUCUUGAGCGGGAGCUGGCUGACCUGCAUGGGAAAGAUGCGGCCCUCUUGUUUUCUUCGUGUUUUGUGGCCAACGACUCAACCCUGUUCACCCUGGCUAAGAUGAUGCCAGGCUGUGAGAUCUACUCCGAUUCUGGGAACCAUGCCUCCAUGAUCCAGGGCAUCCGCAACAGCCGAGUGCCAAAGUACAUCUUCCGCCACAACGACGCCGGCCACCUCAGGGAGCUGCUGCGGCGGGCCGACCCCGCGCUCCCCAAGAUCGUGGCAUUUGAAACCGUGCACUCGAUGGACGGAGCGGUGUGCCCCCUGGAAGAACUGUGUGAUGUGGCCCAUGAGUUUGGAGCAAUCACCUUCGUGGAUGAGGUCCACGCAGUGGGGCUGUAUGGGGCUCGAGGUGGAGGAAUUGGUGAUCGGGACGGAGUCAUGCCAAAAAUGGACAUCAUUUCCGGAACUCUUGGCAAAGCCUUCGGCUGUGUGGGAGGGUACAUCGCCAGCACAAGCUCACUGAUUGACACCGUGAGGUCCUACGCGGCUGGCUUCAUCUUCACUACGUCCCUGCCACCCAUGCUGCUGGCUGGAGCCCUGGAGUCUGUGCGGAUCUUGAAGAGCGCCGAGGGGCGGGCGCUGCGCCGCCAGCACCAGCGCAACGUCAAGCUCAUGAGGCAGAUGCUGAUGGAUGCUGGCCUCCCGGUGGUGCACUGCCCGAGUCACAUCAUCCCUGUGCGGGUCGCAGAUGCCGCCAAAAACACAGCAGUCUGUGACGAGCUGAUGAGCCGGCACAACAUCUAUGUCCAAGCCAUCAACUACCCCACGGUGCCGCGGGGGGAGGAGCUCCUGCGCAUCGCGCCCACCCCUCACCACACGCCACAGAUGAUGAGCUACUUCCUCGAGAAUCUGCUGGCCACGUGGAAGCAGGUGGGGCUGGACCUGAAGCCGCAUUCCUCUGCAGAGUGUAACUUCUGCAGGAGGCCACUGCAUUUCGAAGUGAUGAGCGAGAGAGAGAAAUCCUACUUCUCAGGCAUGAGCAAGCUGGUGUCUGCUCAGGCCUGAGCGUGACCUCAAGUACCGCACCUGACCCCCAGCCAUCGUCCUACCAGCUAAUCACCACAGUUGUCUUUAUAAAUGAAGUAAAUUAAUUAAACUUUAAUCUAGAAUACAAACAGUCCUGAAAAUAAAUUCUUGAUUAAGUG